GGAGUUUGACAUAACCGGGUUACAGUACCUUAUCUACGACAAGGUACAUUCGUGAGUUUGUUAUUCGUCUACAGGUCUAAUACUGAUAAUUAUUUUUUUCUCAAUAAAGUGUGAAUAUUUUUUUCGCGUUAGUCCUAAUUUUAUGUACGAGUACGCGGAUCUCUAGAAUUUAGUGAAUUUUGACAGAUAUUCGGUAUUUUACCUACCAACUAACGUUUAGUAAACAAUCGUUCAAAUUUUCAACUCCUCAGAAGCAUGUCAUCAUUUCAUUCAGAUCCGAAGCUGUGCGACAAUUUAGUAAGUCGAAUCGACGAUUUCGAAGCGGAAAUAUCUCGUCGAUUGCCUGAAAUGUGUGCAACUGAAACAAGAAUAUUUUACGAUGAUCUACUAUCAAUGCAAAGGGAUUUGAUUUCGAUUGAAAAAAGAAUAUCAGGAUACGGGGUGUUGAUCGGUGAGUCAACUGUGAACAAAUUAUUAGAAAAAAUUCGCAAAGCGUACGUGAAGGUAACCAAACUCAAGGUCGAAUUUGAGAAGAAGAAAACCUUCUCAGUGACCAACUCAACACCACCAACUAACCUUAAGGUAGAUAAUCAAUCCAAUGCAACAAAACAGCCCGAAACCCUGAGAAAUGUAGACUUACAGAUCCGAAUCCGAAAACAAAGCUUGCUAAUCAAACAAAUCGAAUCCCUUCAAUCGCUCGAAACACUCGAUGAAAUUUGCGCUGUAAAAGCAGAAGUAAUAUACAACCACCUUUCUCAACUUUACGACUCGUUUACCUCAAAACAAAUUCAAAUCGAAGCGAGCCUCGACGACGAUGCCACUCUCCUCGACAAUCAACAAAAAAUCGCCGCAGAUAUUCAACGAAAAGUGAUCGAUUUUCAAACAAAGAUGAAAAAAAUAAUGCAACCAACUUCAUCGACAGAAUGUAAAAUCAAUAACGAUCAUUCUUUACGACCUGAGCCAGCACAGGCUGACACCGAAGCUAAGUUGGAGUCUCUGCUUGAUAAACAAAUCGCAUUACUAUCACGAAUAGAUCGGUUGAGACCAGAAAUAAACAAAGAUGUUAGCCCAGAAAAGGCGGAAAUAUUGUACAAUCGUCUCACUACGCUUGGCGAGUUAUUCGACUUUAAUCAAAUUGAAAUGGAAUCAGUUAAUAAGAACAGUCUUGGGCAUCAAAUUGAAAUUUCUCAGACGAUUCAAAUUCAAAAGAAGGUGUUCGAAUAUCAAGAAACUUACAAAAAAAUCUUCGCACCGAUUACACUUUCGUCUCCGACACAACCUAAGAAACAGGCAUUACCAUCUGAACAAAUCAAAUCAUCAGAAUCAAAAGGCGAUCUUCAAGCGAUGGAGCGCAAAUUAAUCGAGCGGACUGCUUUAUAUUACAAUCUGAUGCAAGACUACCUUAAAAUUGGAACAUUCCUCGAGGACCAUCCCACCCAAAAACACCUCUCCGAAGAAAUUCGACAAACCGUACUCCGUCAUCAAACACACAUGGACGAAAUGACCAAACUAGUCGAACCAAAAGUUGCGGCAGAAAUGACAGAAUCCAAGUUCGAUAUCGAUUUCGAUCUUUCCUCUCAAUCAACACUGACUGAUACAGAGUCUACUUUAGAAUUCUUAUACAAAAAGAGAGAUUCUUUGAUCGAAGCGAUAUCAUUGUUGGAAUCAAAACAAGACAUUGGCCCGGAAAAGGCUGAAAUAAUGUACAAUCAUCUCAAUUCGCUUUACGAGUCGUUUAAUUCGAAUCAAACUGAGAUUGAAACACAAGUCAACGGGAUUACCCUUGAAAGUCAAUUUGUCAUUUCUAGACAAAUUCGAAACAGAGUGAUCGAGCUUCAAACAACGCUUAAAAAAAUCUUCGCACCGAUUAUAGUAACUGAAUCUUCGAAACAACUCGAGAAACAGACACUUCCGACAAACGAAAUAAAAUCACCGGAAUUAGAAAGUGAGCUCGAAGCGAUAAAGCUGAAACUGUCUGACGUUUUCAAUUUGGGCCAAACUUUAUUGAAGUCACAAUCAGAUGGAGAUGAAACUCGGAAUAACAUCAUUGAUAUUUCCACCUCUCUCGAUAAUCAUGUAAAAAUAUCAAAGGAUAUUCAAACUAAACUAUCGUCUCUUCAGAAAACACUGAGCAAAUUCAUCGACGAGAACAAACACAGUGGAGAAGACAUUCAUCAUAAACUGGACGAUAUUAUAGAAAAUCUCGAAAGUAUGUAAACGAUAAUAUCUGUAUGACCCACCGCAAUAUUUGUUUAGAGGUCGUGGAAUCAACCGAUUGCAUUUGAACUUGUGAUUAUUAUACCUACAUUGUACGUAAAGUAUUUAUUAAGAAUAAACGAUAAUUUUGUUUCA